AUGUUCUUCUCCCGGGGAUUACCGGAGGCCGACGCGACGCGCCUAGGAGAGGAGCAUCAGGCGGGGGCUCAGUGUAGUUCGCAUGCGAAGGUGACCGUUUUCUCCAUCACUUACGCACUGUCCCGACCCAGCCUGGUCUGCCCCGCCCCCUGCUAUCAGUGCUCUUUGUCUUCCACAGCUGAUGUAGCAGAGUCUGCGCAGGUGCCCGCAGGGCUCGACAGCGUGUCCUCACACAUGCCACGGCGGUUCCACUUUGUGAACCAGAAAGAGACGUGGGACGAAGCGCAGGAACACUGCAGGACAGAAUUCACCGACCUGGCCACUGUGGAAAAUAUGUCUGACAUGACUACGAUGACCAAUGGCAAAGAUGGUUAUAAUAUGGCCUGGAUUGGGUUGAGAAAGGACACUUGGAUGUGGUCACUGCAGGACAAAAAUAAUUGGAAAAAUGCUCAGAAGUACUGCAGGUCACUCAACAUGGACCUGGCCAGUGUGAGGAACCAGACUGAGAACAACACGAUUAGUCAGAUUGCAGAGAAUGUGACGAAUGGGGCAGUGUGGAUCGGCCUGUUCAAAGGAUGGAAAUGGUCUGAUCAAACUAACUCCGUAUUCACAUUCUGGAGAACAGACAAGCUGGCCCUGAUCAGAGAGAAUAAGACCUGGAUGGAGGCGUUCAACUACUGUGAAAGGCGUGACAUGGAGCUGGUCUCGGUCACGGAUGAGGAUACCCAGAGCUGGGCGAGGGAGGUGGCCAGGGGGGCCAGCACGGCUCACGUGUGGAUGGGCCUGUACUACAUUUGCCCCCUUGACGUCUGGUUCUGGAUCAGCGGGGUGACGGUGGGCUGCAACCACUGGGCCGCCGGGAACGGCACCGGGACGGGUGAGUGCUGCCGGGCGGGCGCCCUGCAGUCAGGAGGCGAGCAGAAGUGGGUCAGCCGGCCGAAUACUGAGAGACUCAACUUCAUCUGCAGAGCCUUUUAA